ACACAAACACACACUUCCACACACUCCGCGAGCUCUUCUCCGACAGAGGAGAGAGAGCGCGAGCGCAGAGAGGGAUAAACAGAGAGCGAGCGAGACUAUAGGAACGCGGCGGCUCGUGUGUGUGUGUGCGCGCGUGGUGUGUGUGUGAAGGUACGCUCGCUGCUCGGCGGCAGAAACGACUGGCGGGGCGGAUAUGGAGGAGCAGGGGAAAAACGGUGGGAACUGACCGAGCACCGAGACGAAGAGAGAGAGAGGGAGGACGGACGGACAGCCACGGAAGGAAGGAAGGAAGGAAGGCAGGAAGGAAGGAAGGGAGGAAGGAGGGGAGAAGUGUGACAGAGGACUGCGAAGACGUCUGGAGCACACCAGGAUCCUAAGGAGUGAGCCCUGGGCUGGAUGGGACCCACCAUGCCUCCCAGUAAGAAGGCCCAGAGCCCCAGCAGUGGGGCCAGUGCCUCGCAGGGUAUGAGCCCGCCGUAUCGGCAGGGGGACGCCGCCACGGCAGCAUCCGAGGCGGAGGCGGCCGACCUCUCCCUGUCCCUGUCCGCCUCCUUCUCCAAGGCCGAGGACGAGGAGCUCACCAGCCUCUCCUGGCUCCACGAGAGCACCGACCUCCUCAACAGCUUCAGCCACUCGGGGCUGCGUAGCGUCUCCCCCCUGCAGGACCCCGACGGCCAGCACCCGCGCUCGCCCUCCUCCUCGUCUCCAUCCCCGGACGACCCCCUGCUAGGCGACGCGCACUCGGCGUACGACCUAGCGGCGGGCGCCAACAGGAAACCGCCGUACUCCUUCAGCUGCCUGAUCUUCAUGGCCAUCGAGGACGCGCCCAACAAGCGGCUGCCGGUGAAGGAUAUCUACGGCUGGAUCCUGGAGCACUUCCCGUACUUCGCGAGCGCCCCGACCGGCUGGAAGAACUCGGUGCGCCACAAUCUGUCGCUCAACAAGUGCUUCAAGAAGGUGGACAAAGACCGCAGCCAGAGCAUAGGCAAAGGCUCCCUGUGGUCCAUAGAUCCCGAGUACAGGCACAACCUGAUCCAGGCGCUCAAGAAGACACCGUACCAUCCCUACUCGCCCAGCCUGGCCACGCCCUCCACCUCUCCUCCCACCCUGCCUCAGACAUUUCACCACAGUCCUCCAUUGUGGUCGGGGAGUCCCCUCUUCAGAAAGAACGGAGGAGUUCUCCUACAAGUUCCUCGUGGCGUGAUCCAAAAUGGCGCCCGCGUCAGGAGCCAGGCGCUCUUCCCGGUGAUCAGACCCCUUCCUGUCAGCCCCGUGGGGAGCAGAACCUCGGCCAUACGAUCGUCCCUCGGAGAUUAUCUGAGCCGAGGACAGGACAGCCCCUCCCGCUACUCUCCCCCGCUCUGCAGCGAGGACCUCCAGGACGACCACACUUACAGCACCGCCAAAUCUCCCAGCAGGCUGUGCUCCUCCCAGGCCGGCACCCCCUCCUCCCCGCUGGACGACGACGACAUCAUCGCCGUGGAGAUCCAAGAAGACGUCAAACCGGAGCCCAGGGAGAUCCCGCUGGAUUCUCACAUCACCACAGCCGCCGCCGCCACCUACAUUUCCCAGCAGCCCCUGCGCGGACAGAGACGUAGCUCGGGGCCCGGAGCUGGGACUCUGGCAGGGAGCAGCUUGCCCUGGACCAAAAACCGAGCGAGGGGCAUUAGCGACACGCUGCCGCUGAAGAAGCGGCGCGCGGCGGCGGCGGUGGAGAAGCCGCCGGAGAGCGACGACGAGGAGAUGAAGGAGGCGGCGGGGUCGCUGCUCCACCUGGCGGGGGUCAGAGCUUGCCUCAACAACAUCACAAACCGCACCGCCAAGGGCCAGAAGGAGCAGAAAGAGGCCCUGAGAAACUAACACACAGAAAACAUGCAAACACACACACACACACACACACACACACACACACAAACACACACACACGAAUAGGUCAACAGGUAACGUUACUACAGCAUUAGUCUCCACGGACACUUCUCAUCUCCCUCUAUCUAUCUGCAGGGCAUUAGGUGAAUCCUACUUAUUUGUGGCAAUAUCAAAAAUCUAUGUUUUCCUACAUGUUCAGCAACACUAACAUCGAUGGGUAUUUCUCAUGUGUCUCUGUUGUUUUUGUUGUUUAAAAGGGGAUGAAAGCCAUAAAAAAAAAAAAAAAAGCAUGUUUUGUCACUAAUUUGGACGACGCGACAAAACGGAAAUCACAUUGAGGAGCGUUACAGAACAUAAACACACAAGAAUGGCUGUUUUGUCUUACCUGUUUGUUUCUAUGUGAAUCUGUAGCAAUCUCGCGGUGACGCCGGCAGCGACGACAAGACUUCGGGGGCUCUCGCGGCCGACGGCGUCACUCUCCGACAUCCACGAGCACAAAUGUGAGACUGUGCCAAAGAUAAGCGACCAGGUUGCUUCAUGUAGCCGAUACGACAGCUGACAAAAAAAAAAGAAUAAAAAAGGAAGGCAUAGUAGUGGAGGGAGUCGAAAUAAUUGUAAAACCCAAUGUGAUAUAUAUUCAUGCACUUAAGAUUAUUUAACACCACUUAUAAUAGAAGCAUCAUGGGUAAAGACAUGGUUUAUUUCAAGAGCACUCAUAGUAUUUAAGAUAGAUAUUUUAAAAUAAAAAAAAGGUCAUGUUUAUCACCAUAGAGGUGGAUAGUGUGCCGGGUCUGAGGCAAUAUCUCCUUCAUUUUGUUGUUGUUGUUGCAUAAUGUAAACGUCCCUAAAAGCUCCCAGUACUCCUGUCCAUAGACGUAGACGCCUGGUUAUAGAGAAAACGGCGGCUCCCAGCAGCUGCCGCACCUUCCUCUUCAUUUUGACAGUGUCAGAGAACUAUAAACAUGAACUGUGGGUUUCUGUUUGUGUCUGUUUACCCUCACUCUACCCUCAUAAAGAUAUAAGCAAUUUGUCCGGCGCGGACAACUCUGUAAAAAGGUUAGAAAAUAUUUUAUUUUUUUCCUUUUCUUAAUUGAAGCAAUUUGACCUGCAGGACUUUCUCAGUUAUAUUGCAUGGGUGCUUGUAAAUAAGAUAAAAAGCAAAUCUUUUUUAUUCAAAGAUCAUGUAAGAUAAACAAUGUAUUUAGCAUGAAGCAUGACUUAUUUUCAUAUAAACCUUGAUCCUAGAGGAAAGAAAAAAAGUUUUGCCGCCAAUUCUUAUACCCGUGAUUAUAUUGGAUUUUUGUUGUUGUUGUUUCUUUGAUUUUUUUUUUUGUUGUUUUUUUUUUUGUUUUGUUUUUCUGAGCGGGCUUUCAAAGACACGUCUUCAGGGAGGAGCGUGGGGAGAUCACUCUGCAAUUUCGGAGGCCCUGCAGGUGCCGCCUCGGGGCUUCGGGUUCAGGCUUACGUAGGCCAGCUGAAUCACCUCUUAGGGGUGGGCUUCCGUCUUCUUCUGCCUGUACAGUGGUUUUUAGGUGUUCGGUGUUAACCCCGGUGUUAUUUCAGAACACGUCUGUAGAGUGUGUGCGUUUGUGUGCCCGGGACACACACCCUUUAACAUUGUGCCUGCCUGCCUGCCUGCCCUCAGUACCUCCGUUGUCAUGUCUCCGACAUGUUCGGACAGAACGUCUUUAUUUAUGACAGUAUUGUUUCGUUUUCUUUCUUUUCUUGCCUGUGUGUAAAUGUACGUGUGUCCUUAUUUUCCAUCUGUGUAAAUGUUUGGAUCAGACGGGCGAACUUUGUAGGUGUCCUGGAAGAACCUCAUAUCUCUAAAUAGGCUACGUAGGAGUCGGAUUGACAUGAACAGGAAAGUUGGAGAUGGCAAAGUGAGAAAUUGUUUUUUGUUUUUGUUUUUUUCGUUUACAUACAGUGUUGUUAACCCUUUGAUUACAGGAUGUGGAUGUCCAGCCUGUUCUCACUCGCAGCUUGUCAAAUACCACCGCUUCUUCAGUGAUGUCAGCGUCAAAAACUGAUGCAAAACGGCGCUUCUUGCAGCGGUACGAUACCCGGCGGUGGCUAUUUCUGAUGCAGAAAGCAACAACCCAACUCGUCAAAUACCGACACUUUGUCAGCGGACUUUGGAGUCAGAUAGCGACGCUCAAAGGCUCCUUUCGCUACGGUACGAUUCACACUGAGAGGCUGCUAUCUCUGACGCAGAGGGUGACAACCGACUCAUCAAAUAUCGCCAAUUUGUCAGUGAAAUCAGAGUACGACGUACAAAGGCACCCUAUGUGGUGUUGAUUUGCACCAGGUGGCGACAAAAUCCCACCAUGUCAAAUACUUACGCUUUGGCAGUGAUGUCAGCAUCAGAAAACGAUGCAGAGGCGCCGUUCGCUGCAGCGUGAUGCGUAGUGGGUGGUGGCUAUUUCUGUCGCAGCAUGCAACUACCCAACUCGUCAAAUACUGACCCUUAGUCAGCGAUAUCUGUCCGACACCAGCGCUUAAUGGCACCUUUUUGUGGUGUUAUGAUUCACACCAGGCGGCGCUUUUUCUGAAGCAGCGUGGAACGACCCUGUUCGUCAAAUACUGUCAGUAUGUCAGUGGACUGUUUGUCACUAUGUCAGAGGCUAUUUCGGACAAAGCGGGCAACAACCCAACUCAUCAAAUACCUCCGCUUUGGCAGUGAUGUCAGCAUCAGACCUCGACGCACAAAGGCACCUCUCACGGUGGUUCAGUACGCUGAAACCCAAAUACGGCUUUUUCAGUGAUGUUGGCGUCAGAAACUAACACACAGAGGCACUCUUCACGGUGGUGUGAUACACUUCAGGGGGCAGCUAUUUCUGAUGUCGCGGGCAACAACCGAACUUACCGAAAACUACCACUUUGUCAGCGGAUCUCAUGGUCCGACGCCGUUGCACAAAGGCACCAAAGGGUUUCACGCACAUGCAUUUAUUUGUGGAAGCGCGUCACGAUUAAAAUAUGUGCUGCAACAUUUAGAUUUUUUAAUUUUAGAGUUGGACCGUUCAUCAGGCGUGCUGUUAUAUUGCUCGGUUAUUCAUCACACCACGCCCUCGGUGGAGCGGACUCUGGGCACAGAAGGAGCAGACAAGUAUCAAAUGCAGUGAAAGUGAAACUGAACAGUUGACUGAGUUGGGUCUGUAACGUUACACCAGCUGCUUGUCUCAGUCAUCUCUCUGAUCUGAUCGUAUCUGAUCACUUAUGAUUGACUGAUCGAUUCUCCACCCCACAACUGCUCAAACUGCUGCUGAGGAAAAAAAGAUCACAUGAGGAGUUCUGCCUGCGCAGCGCUCACGGACCCGCAAAAACAGAGAGGAAAAACAGAGAGAGGAUGAUACAAAUGACACACACCAAAAAGAAAAGAAAAGAAAAGGAAAGUGUGAAAGUGUGCUGAACCUCCCCACGUCUCCCCAAUUCUGUAUCUAACACUGCAUCCAUGGGUCAAACAGACUCUGGACUUUCACCCGAAAGGUUUGUUUCCUGUGUGAAAAGGAGAGAUCAGUGGAAUUAUAUCAAUAACAACAUAGCGAGCUCCUGUGUGAAUCAUGCUACGCAGGUGACAUAUGUGACAUGACGUGUGUCACGAGGCAUUACAUUAGUAACACGUAAUAAUUAUAAGCCAAACCGUGAUAAACCUAUUUAUGGAUGUAAGCCGAAAAAUUAAGUGUUUUACGUUUGUUUCAAGUUUAUUUUGAAAUACUCUGUGCAUGUAACGAGCGUAACUUUACACGCCAUCCGUGAGCGUUCAAAACUGAUGCAGGAGGAUCCCCUCGCACGUCAUAUUUUCACUAUUGGGUCCACUGACGAAACGGUAUUUGGCGAGUUUGGAUGAGAACGGGUUGCGAUGUCAAGCUUGCAAAUAUAUUUAUGUCAAAUGUCCAAUCCAGAGAUCAGAGGGUUUUUUUAAUAUAUAUUGCCACUCAACUACGCUCUGUGUAUCUCACUAAUGGUCAUGAAAACACUGACUUUACUGAAAUCCACGAGACAUUUUUGCAUCAGAAGUGAUAAAAACACUGCACUGCCGUUGUUCGGCAUGCUUGUGCUGAAACAGGAAUGCAUAAAAGUAUUAAUUUCCCCUCACGUGCAGAGAUGCAGUGGUUAUAAAAAGCAGCUCUGCAGGAGAAAACGGUUGUAGCAGCAGUCAGACGAGGUUUUUUUUGGUCAAAACUCAAUGGAGUGAUAGUCAAAUGCAUGUCUCAUCCACUGGUACAGUCCUCUGCCACCUGUAGCAUGCAUCACUGGCUUUGCAUUUUGUAUGGUAUCCAUGCCGACAUCUAAAAAAGAGGCUAAAAGGAGACACCGUCAGUGUUCUUGUUGUGUGCCAUCCGUCUCUCGUCUGAUAUCUGUCCGAGUGCUCCCGCGGCCCAGGUCAAGCACUCUGCUGUAUCUGCAGCAACAAUCCACUGUUGUGGUGACUAAUAACGUGUUCAGCUGGCAAGAGGCAUGUCGAGGGGAGAACGUGUUGCUUUAGCAACCGCCUUUUUCCCUCUGACUCACUCAGCGACACGCAGGAAGGAUGAACUCCUGACCUGCGAGUCCCGGAAAAACACGGCAACACAUAAAAUAGACCACGGAUGAUGUUCUUCACUGCCUGAAAAGCCCCUAAAACAGGUCUUAGUUUCAAACCUGCCAAACAUUUUAAAAAAAACAGUUGCCAUUUUUUUUAUUUGUUGAUGUUUUUAUGCACAUUUUCAUUUUCUGUUUUCUCUCUGACAAAAUUAUCUACAAUACUGCCAUUUUUUUUGGUGACUGUCUGAGCUGAAUAUUGGAAAGCCAUAGGUUAGAGAUGUCAAAAUGCAAAACUGUUAUUGAUCUGUGAGAUGUGAUGCAGAGUGCACCCGGGUGUUGUUUUUAUUUUUUUAUUUUUUUUUCCAGUAAAUGUUCAAUUCUCUCCUUAUUGUGCAAUCAUAUUGCCAAAGAAUGAUUUCAAGACCUAUUUCAUCACUACAUGUAAAUAUCAACGUUGUCCAAUACCGUGGCAAAAAAUAUAUAAAUGUUGUUUUAUUUUGUUUUCCAUUUUCUGAAAAACUGCAAUGAUGUUUAUGUGAUGUAUUGUCUUCCAGUUGGUUGCAAUAAUAAAAAAUACGAGUUGCAGAAGA